AUGAGGUCGCUGGCUCUUACGUUAUUGUUGGCGGUUGCCAUCGCCGCAGCUGUAGCUGUGCCCGUUAAAGAAAACGCUGAAGUAUCCAGGGGAAAGCGGUCACCGUUCGGAUGGCACUCAGAGCCUAAAGGUGUCUGGGAGAAGAAAAUCGUAUGGCGCAAAGAUUGCAAGAAAUUCUACAAAUCACAGAAGAAGCUAGAAUGGAAGAUCGAGCACGUGAAGGAAAAGAUCCCCGCUUGGAAGACGGAGCAAGUGCAACAGUGGAGGGAGGAGCAAGUCCCAGUUUGGAAGAUCGUGAAGAAACCCGUGACCAAGCACAUACAAGUGCCAGUAACCAAGGAAAUCCAAGUUCCCGAUUGGAAGAAGGUCUACAAACCAGUGUGGCGUGAAAUUCAAGUUCCAGUUACCAAGACAGUGAAAGUUCCUGAAGUCAAACUCAACCACGUUCCAGAAUGGGUCAAAGAGGGUGUGCCCGGAGAGAAGUAUUUGGGUAAAGAUGAACACGGCUGGGAAUAUACCAGCCACGAUCUUUGGAGGAAGAAAUUAGUGUGGCGUCCCGUCUGGAAGAAAGUGUGGAGGGAGGAACAAAAGCAGGAAUGGGUAACUGAGAAGAAACUUGAAUGGAAAGAGGAGCUAAAACAAAUAUGGAGAACAGAGAAGAAGCAAGAAUGGGUCACGGAAACGAAACAAGAGUGGGUCGAAGAGAAGGUGCAAGCGUGGAAGACCGUUAAAAAGGAGGUGUGGGUCCCAGUGAAAAAGGAGGUAUGGCUCGAGAAAACCAAAGAAGUGAAAGUGCCCGUAUGGCACUCGGUGGAAAUACCAGCGUGGAAAUGCUCGUGGCUUCCUGUCACAGAGAAAGUGUGGGUCGAACACCACGACCACCAUGACCACCACGAACACCACGGAUGGGACUAA